AUGGUUUCAGCAGGGUACACAGCGGGCGUGAUGCGUGAAGAUCGUGCCAAGGCGAACUCGCAAAUGGGCCAGCAUGCGUAUCUGACGCGAUUCUGGAACGAACUUACCGAUGAGGAGCGGAAGCGGUUGCUGGAGCAGUUCAAAUCGUUCAAAAUUUCCGAAUUCACCAAAAUGUUCGAGCAGACGUUCGAGCCUGACGUGAAAAACAAUGAUAUUGUACCGAUUGAUAUGGAUCAUUAUGCGGUGGCCGAAAAUAUCGAACCGGAACAGAUGAAACAGUACUGGGAUGCAGCUUCUGUAAAGAAUAAGUUAACUUUUUCGUUGCCGUACACAAGUGAUUUGUUUCUUUUUAAAGGUCUAACUGCAAUAGCAGCUGGCGAAGUGGCAGUUGUGGUUCUGGCCGGUGGCCAAGCAACACGCCUUGGAGCAAAACAACCGAAGGGCACUGUUUCACUAGGAUUCAAUGUUAAGAACGUGGCCGAUUCGUUGUUUGCAUUUCAGGCGGCCCGUAUUGCCCGUCUACAAGACCUGGCCGAAGCAAAAGAAAUUGUACCAGCAGCUGGGUUAACAAUGAGUCAAGUGAUCGUUAUCAAGCAGGGCACCGUCCCCUGUUUCGACCCGAAAGGCUGUUUGUUUCUGGCAACGAAAAGUAGCAUUGCUGUUUCGCCAGAUGGCAAUGGUGGCAUAUUACGUGCACUGGAGCCGUAUCAGUACUUUUGCAGAAGUAAUAACAUCAAAUACUUCCAUGUGUAUUCUGUGGAUAAUGUGCUCUGUCGUGUGGGGGAUCCACACUUCAUUGGCUACUGCAUCAAGGAGGAAGCCGAUUGCGCUGCCAAAGUUAUAGAAAAAAUUGAGCCAUUUGAGAAUUUGGGUGUGAUCUGUAAAGCACCGAGUGGCAUUCAGGUGUUGGAAUAUUCCGAAAUUGCGGACGAGCUUGCGACAGCUCGAGACCAAACGGGACGUCUCAGAUUUCGUGCAGGAAACAUCGCAAAUCAUUUCUUCACCUACGAUUUCUUCGAACGCGUUUGGUACGCUGAUGGUCUUCUGCCUUAUCAUCGCGCCUUUAAAAAAAUCCCGUACAUUGAUCGGACUACUGGCGAACUGGUGGAUCCGGAAAAGGAAAAUGGUUACAAAUUGGAGCUAUUCAUUUUCGACCUUUUUAAAUUUUCCGAGAAUUUCCGUGUCUGGCAGGUGAACAGGGCGCAGGAAUACAGCCCGCUGAAAAACGCAGAUAGUGCGGGCAAAGAAUGCAUGAGCACUUGCCGACGUGACUAUUAUGCUGAAUGCAAGCGAUGGCUCGAAAACGCUGGUGUUCAAGUGCAGUGUGAUCGGCCGAUCUUCAUUCAUCCCUCCUUUUCAUACGCUGGCGAGGAAUUGGAGUGUUAUCGAGAGGAACCGCUAACAGCUGACCUUGCACCAUAA